GAUCUCUUUGGUAGAAUGUGACUUCUGAAGAGCAGAUGCUGCCCUCCUCUAUCCUGUUUGCCCUACUAUGAUGGACGAGUGGAAACCUAAUCCACUAGCCAAGCCUCGAAAGAAACGCAGCUGGUAUCUGGCUUGGAAGUACAAGCUGACCAACCAGAGGGCCCUACGGAGGCUGUUUCAGACAGGGGCUGUUCUCUUCUUGCUGGUGACUGUCAUAGUAAACAUAAAACUGAUCUUGGAUACUAGGAGAGCAGCCAGUGAAGAAGAGGAGUCUGCUCAGGAUUAUGAUGAAGGCUUGCAGAACGUGGAGAUUCCACGGAGGCCAGUCAACAGUAGGAAAGUUCUGGAUAUUGAGGUGUACUCCAGUCGCUCCAAGGUCUAUGUGGCGGUGGAUGGGACGACGGUUUUGGAAGAUGAAGCCCGGGAGCAGGGCAGAGGGAUCCAUGUGAUUGUGUUAAAUCAGGCUACGGGCCAUGUGAUGGCAAAACGGGUUUUUGAUACCUACUCUCCACAUGAGGAUGAAGCCAUGGUCCUUUUCCUCAAUAUGGUGGCCAGAGGCCGCAUUCUGAUCUUCACUAUUAAGGAUGAGGGCUCCUUUCACUUGAAAGACACAGCAAAGAGUCUUCUGAAGAGUUUAGGAAGCCAGAUUGCAGAAUCCCUCAGCUGGAGGGACAUGUGGACUUUUGUGGGGAAGAAAGGAGGUGGGAUCUAUGGUGAAAAACAUGCCAAGUCAGUUGCACUUUCCACAUGGGGGGAACCAGUCUUACUGAAAACUGAAGUCCAGCUGACCUCUGUGGAAGAUGCUGAAUGUCACUGGCCUGACACAGAGUUAAACCGACGGAGGAAACACUUCUGUAGCAAAGUGGAAGGUUAUGGCAGUGUCUGCAGCUGUAAGGACCCUACGCCUAUAGAGUUCAAUCCUGAGCCACUCAAAGACAACAAAGUUUUUGAUGUGCCAGUUGCUGUCAUUGCAGGAAACAGACCAAACUACUUAUACAGGAUGCUUCGAUCUCUGCUGUCAGCACAAGGGGUUAAUCCUCAGAUGAUCACAGUCUUUAUCGAUGGAUAUUAUGAGGAGCCAAUGGAUGUGGUGGAAUUAUUUGGGCUGAAAGGAAUUCAGCACACCCCUAUCAGCAUUAAAAAUGCCAGAGUCUCCCAGCACUACAAGGCCAGUCUGACAGCAACAUUCAACUUGCAUCCAGAUGCCAGGUUCGCUGUGGUGCUGGAAGAAGACUUGGACAUUUCCAUUGAUUUCUUCAGUUUCCUAAGCCAGAGUAUUUAUUUGCUGGAGGAAGAUGACAGCAUGUAUUGCAUCUCUGCUUGGAAUGAUCAGGGUUAUGAGCACACAGCUGAAGAUCCUUCUCUCUUGUAUCGUGUGGAGACCAUGCCAGGCCUGGGUUGGGUGCUGAGGAAGUCCCUCUACAAGGAUGAGUUAGAGCCCAAAUGGCCAACACCAGAAAAGCUCUGGGACUGGGAUAUGUGGAUGCGAAUGCCAGAGCAGCGGAAGGGCCGAGAAUGUAUCAUCCCUGAUGUAUCACGUUCAUACCAUUUUGGCAUUGUGGGGCUCAACAUGAAUGGCUACUUCCAUGAAGCCUAUUUCAAAAAGCACAAGUUCAAUACAGUCCCUAAUGUACAGCUUAAAAGUGUGGAAAGCUUGAAGAAAGAUGCAUAUGAGAUUGAGAUUCACCAACUGCUCAGUGAGGCAGAGGUUCUGGAUCACAGCAAGAACCCUUGUGAGGAUUCCUUUGUGCCAGAUACAGAGGGAAAGAUCUAUGUGAUGUAUAUCAAGAUGGAGCAAGAAGCAGAUUUCACUACCUGGACUCAACUUGCCAAGUGCCUCCAUAUUUGGGAUCUGGAUGUCCGUGGGAACCACAAGGGACUUUGGCGGCUCUUCCGGAAGAAGAACCAUUUCUUAGUAGUAGGAGUUCCUGCCUCACCAUAUUCAUUCAAGAAACCGUUGUCAGUUACCCCAAUCUACAUGGAGCCCCAAGCCAAGGAUGAGGCAGCAGGUCCUGUAGUAGCAGCAGCAGCAGCAGAACAAACGUGAAGCAGGACUUACAGCAUCAUUUGGAUUGCCUUUGCUGUCUGCUGUGAGAAGAGAGGCACAGGCAGCCAUGAAGCUCUGUGGGAUCUGUGUGUCAUUUUGCUGGAAGGUCUCAGGAGUAGGGGGCAAGACAGAUGAGCUACAGGGCUCCCCCUGCCCGAAGGCAGCUGCUGUCAAGUGUGGAUAAGUUGCCUUGAGAAGGCCACAGCAGGCUCCAUUUAGUAUUUUUCUAUGCCACUGCAACAAUGCAAUUUGUCUCAUUUUUAACACUGAUGCUUUACUAACUGUGGCCCCCUUCCCCCAAAUUGGGGGCUGGGCCAGAGGGAGCUGUUUAAAGGGUUUGGUUCCUUUUUUUAGGAACUCCUCCCACACCACUGCUUCAGGAUUUUUUUUUAUUUAUUAACUCUGUGUGGUCAGCAUACUUCUAUGGGCUGUUUUGGCUUGCUUGUAUUUCUGGUGGUUUCUAAGAUGGGUAUUAUGGUGCAAAUUGAAUGCAUGUGGGGGCAGUUCUGUGGAUAAGAUGAGCCAGCCUACCUGCAGCUUAGCUAAUAGGUAGCCAAACAAAUACAUCACCUGUACAUGAGGAGAUGGUUUUGUGUAGAAUGUGGAAUGCUGCAACAUCAGGAUGUGAGCCACAAAGGCACUCCAUGUAUUAGCACUGUGGAAUACCUGUUUUGGAUUCUCCAGCUAGUUUUCUUCUGUUCUCUUUCCCAACUUGUGUCAGAGGGGCAUGCCACACAAGAAGAGAUCUUCUAGGCUUCUGUCAACCCAUUUGGUUUUGUUGGCAAAUGAAGUCACCUUUUCCUAGCUCCAACUCAUGGCAAGAGGCAGACUUGCAGUGGCUUGCAAAGGCUGAGGAUGUAGGGCUUGUCGUUGUUACUGUUCUGUGGCUGCAGUGUGUGAUGUUGUACAGGGUCCAGGAAAAGGGUCAAGGAUCAGAUGAAAAAAUGCCUUGUGUAAGCAACUGGUAGUCUAGAAGGUUUUGGUGUGCAUCAGUUCUUAAAAGUACAGGUGAAGAAAAAUAAAUAUAACCAGAUUUUAAA